AGAGAGAGAGAGAGAGAGCAAAAACGUCAGCAGGUUCAAACUGUGUUCGUAGUACAAUGGCUUAUAAUUUAAAAGACGAAGAGGAGGUGAAAGAGUACUUAAAGAAUUUACACAUUGAGUACCAAUUUGGUUGUCAUAGCGAAAAAAGACCAGAAGUAUGCCAUCUACUGGGCGAUUAUUACGAGUCAAUAGAAAAUUGUAUGGAAAAGGCUGUUUCAAUAUAUAAGAUGACUUGUGACAAAUACAAUUACGGCAGAAGCUGCGCGAAAUACGGCGACUUUUUAGCAAUCGGUAAAGGUUGUAAGAAAGACGUACAGACAGCAUAUAAAUACAUGUCAAAGGGCUGCGAGUUAAAUGACCAGUAUGGCUGUUUGCAUGCUGGUGUGUUGGGGACAUCUAAGCAAAAUGUAGGAGAGGAGGACAGGGCAACACAGAUUCAAAAGGCUGCCAAGCAACUGAUGAAAGCUUGUGAUAUGUACAAUUCGGACACGGCAUGUUUCUAUCUUGCGGGCAUGUAUCUGUCCGGUCUGGAGGGUGUCAUCGAUAGGAAUUACAAAGAGGCAUACAAGUUAUCGCUGAAAAGCUGCGAGCUCGGGAAUCCGUAUGCUUGUGCGAAUCUGUCACAGAUGCACGCACGCGGAGAUGGCGUGGAGAAGAACAAUGCCCUUGCCGAGACCUUUAAGAAACGCGCCAUGAAACUGCAUGAAGAAUUAAAGACAGUACAGCCAGAACUAAAGUUCCAUCAAGGAGUGAAUUCAUGCUUUAUUUCUCCCUCUCUGCCACUCCCGCGUUCUUCACUGUCUGCCGAUACUACCAGCCGCACAUACGAGUUUAAACGUACCUUCUCUCCAGUUUAUUCACUAUCGAACAGCACAAUCAUGCGGUACUACCUGUUCAACUUGCGUGCUUGGCUGGCGGUUGCCACCUUUGUACUUAUUUGCCACGACAAUCUGAUCAAUGCGCAAUUAAGUCCUGAGAGAAACAUCGUAAAGGUGGAUGUCUACUACGAGUCGUUAUGUGGCGACAGCAAGCGAUUUAUUAUUACUCAGCUAGCACCGUCGUACGAACAAUUGAAGGAUUACAUCCACGUCACGUUGAUUCCUUAUGGUAAAGCUACGCACGCACGCGAAAGCGCAACCAGUCCAUGGCAGUUCCAGUGUCAACACGGGCCUGCCGAAUGUCGCGGCAAUAAGGCCCAAGCGUGCGCUAUCAACGCGAUCAAAUUCUCCGAAGUGGCCGAGAAUCAGGAACAACUGAUGGUCAACGUAGUAAGUUGUGCAAUGUCCAGCAAAAAUCCGUCAACUGCUGUACCGCAGUGCGCUCGAGACGUCGGCCUAAGUGAAGAAACGAGAAGAGCAAUUGAUAGCUGCACCAAAAGCUCGCUUGGAGAUGAUUUGCUUGCUGCGAAUGGAGAUAAAACAGCGGCCCUCAAUCCUCCAUUAACAUUUGUCCCGACAAUAGUGAUCAACGGGGUAUACUCUAAAGAGAAUGAAGAUGAAGCAUUACGCAACUUCGUCGUUUAAUCUGUCGGCAGUUGACACAGAAGCCAAGUGUGUGUAGCGAAUCGAGAACCUAGAGGUAAAAAAAGGAAGAAACGGGAUAGAGCGAGCAGCAGGUGCAGGGAAAAAUAAUCGCUCAUGAUCUAAAUAAACAAUGUAUUGUUUACUUAUCAUAAUAAUCAUAUAUGCCUAUGUACAAAAAUAUAAAUGAUUUGUCAAAUACAACGAUAAUAAGUCUAAAAA